GGGACUUUAAAUUUCGCUCGGAACAUUUUAGAAACCGAGCCAACCGCUUUCAAGCGAAGGGAGAAGAAGGCCGAACGACAGAUGUCCUAAGUAUUCAGCGAUGGAAAGUGGGAAUGGUGGUGCCCCGAGUAAAGGUGUUUUAAUACCUGCCUCAGAACGAACGGGCAUCUUUCAAAGCAGUAUUUUGACCACACUGAAAAGUGCGUACUUGUAUGAGGAGUCGAAACAGUCCUUCAGGUACACGUCUGCUGUCCUGGUAGAAAAUCCAACACUGGAAGAAAAGUAUAAUGCUUUCCGAAAAAAGAGAAAAGAAGUAGGUUAUUCAGAGGAGGAGCUGAAGGAAUCUUAUGGUUUUUUGCUGUUCGACGAUAUCCACAAGGCUAAUGCACUAGGACAAACUGGUGUGCUCACUGGAAACAGCACCUGUACAACUCUGGGAGAUCCCUCCAAAGGUGUUUACAUAUCAAUGUACUCCGACUGUCUGGAUCUUAAUUGCUGGUAUCACGAGAAGUCUGGAUACAUUGCCAUCAUCAGGCUGACAAAGGGUAGAGUUAAAAAGGUUUUAGAGAACUACACCCAGAACUACAAUGCACCCACCGUGGGGUUUGACUGUCAUGUGUCCGAACAGCUGCCCUCAGUAUCUUCCGAAACCAGCUCUUUUCUUGCCUUUGAGAGGACUCAGUAUUACGUGUAUGAGCUACUUGAUGAUGCACACAUUGUGACGGCUCAAUCUCCCAGUGCUGCCUUUCCCAUUGCCAUUGUGUCAUUUUUAUACACGGAUACAAAAGCAACACUUGAAGCCCCACUGAAGAAAUGCGAGGAGAAAAAACUUGUUUAUCAAUACUUUCCAUGGAGGGGUCAACUUCAAAUAAGCACACAGGUGUAUGAUGUAGGGCUGCGAUCUACAGCAGGGGCAUUGAUCCCUGCACUACUGUCCCCAGUGGUUAAAAUCGACAGAGCCAUUUCCAUGUUCAAUCUGCGUCAGCUGCUUCCAAGGGCUGUCUUUGAAACCUGCUUUUCUGGUGAAGUCUGUCUGGAUGGCUUAUACUUCAGUCAGUGUGAGUUUGUUUCGACCGAGGUAGAAGAAAGCUACUCACUCUCUCUACUUCUGCGGGAGAUCAAGGAGAAAGAUCUUGCGCUCAUCAUUCAGCUGAAUGAUGGUGGAUUUCUUAUCCUGUUGCACUCCUCACAUUUUGUCCAAUAUGAUGAUAUUGCAUCGAGUGGGACGGAUGUUCUGCAAGGCAUGUUUGUGUUUCCAAAUACACGAGGCAUUCACACAGACGCUAACUUUCAAGAGAGAAAGCUUGCCACGUCAUCGGAAAUCCUGCAGGUUCUACCGGUGCUGAGUUAUGCAGAGAGCAAAGUUGAGAAAACUCCUAUUGACCCAAGUGAAGAACUUUGUGAAGUCUUUACGCAGCAUAUGCAGACCUAUGCAGCACUGAUAAAUCCUGGGUUGGCAUCAAGUCCCUCGCGGGAAAUCAGCAUCUUUCCUGAUCAGUAUGAUGUGCCGGCUGCUCACAAGCACCUCUACUCAUCUCCGGAGUGGACUAACAAGGAGUGGGAGAGCGUUGGGUCGUACCUACGUAAACCAGACUCAUUUCAACUGCAGGUGUCCAAGGCUACAGAAAUCCUGAUGUCUGGACAAGAGCAGAGGAUGGAAGACCUUGAUGAUGAUGUUUAUAUCUACCUGUCCUCUCCUGAGGGGCCACAAACCCAACCUGAUAGCAUAGAGUCAGAAGACUGGCUGGAACAAUCUCCUGCAAACGUUGAAACACCUGUGGACAGUUGUAUAACAAGCUCCGAAUCAAAGGUUAACUCCACAACUGUGCCUCAAAAUGUUUUGCUAGAUGAUGUGAAAGCUGGAGAUGACACUGGCAUAUCUGAUCCGAGUGUGCCCAUCGAAACGGAUGACUUGAAGAUUAAAAAUCUCCUCACUCCAUCUACAUCAGACGACCUUCCCGCGGAGCUGAUCGUCAGCCUCACGUCGGCAGAGAACGCCGUCACUGGAGAGGGUUUAACAAUGAUCAGUAAUGUAUCUGCUGCAAAGCAUAAUGACUUUCAGCUGUCUGUUUUUUCAACAGCCAAAUUACAAACGGAAGGAGUGAACUCUCUGAAUGAGGAGGGUAUUGCAACCAAACAGGUUUUGGAUUGCCCUCCGGUAACAAAUCUCACAAAAACAAAACGGAGGAAACUACACAGAGGGCAUUACAAAAGGCGGCAGAAGUUGUCUAAAGCUUGCUUUGAAACUCCCAGUUCGCAAAUGCAAGCGGCGGAUGACAACUGGAGUCCGAAGAAAUACCGGGCAAAGAAAUCAUUGGGCCGUUCAUCGCUCAGUCUUUCAAAAAUUGAUCAGAGGAAGGUACAAAUGCGAAAGUGUAAAUCAAGUCAACUAUCAUCAAAAAAUGAAAGUUUGAGCUCUGCUUCCGCUGGAUUAGCAGUUCCAGAUGAGCAAAACCCCUGGACUGCCGAGCUGGAAAGAACCAUUUUUAUGGACUUUGAAGAUUUUCCUCUGAGGAAGAAAACAGAGCGCUCAGACUUAAAGCCAGUCAUCAGCGAAUGUGGAAGAAUUUUGGUUCCUCAUGGCUCUGUAGAUUUCGGUGAACAAAUUAAGUCUUUAACGGUCAAACUUCAAUCUAGAAAAGAUGAACAGUGUCCUGAAAAAACCUCUGCGAACGCUCCUGACACUAUGGUGCAAGAGUCCAGUGCUGCUCCAGAGACAGCAGUGGGUGAAGCCGAGGCAACAUCGCAGGAUGGAGGGAACCAGCUUCAUGUCGUUCAUGACAGGCCGCCAGAUGAUGGCAAUGGUUCAUUGAUGUUGAAUCCAGAGAGUGGUGAGCUUUAUUUGAAGACUGAUGUCACAGCAACUCCUCCUUCAGAAACCGUGAAAGGAAUCCUCUCCCAAGGAAACCUUCCCAAAAACAGUGAAUUUCUGUUCAGUAAAUUAAAAUCGGUUCUAGAGAGGAAGAGAAAAACUGAUCUCCCUUCAUCCGACGAAACAACAGCAGAUACCGCUCCAUGUCUCAAGAAGGUCAAGGUUGACUCGCACGCUGGGAUCCUGAAGAGUAGUUAUGCAAAUUCAUGUGUCCAGGACACCAGUUUGUGUGUCAAGGAAGUUUCAAAGAUGUCGUCAGUGGACCCAAUUUUUGCAUUUGCAUUAGGUCUGACCCCUAAAUGGACUGUAGAUAAGAUACAGAAACCUGAGGGUCAAGAGACUCAACAAAAGGAGACCAUUUCAGACAAACCACCUCAAAUCCUGAACCGGCCAUCACCAAUCUUUCCACGAGGGGGAAGGAUCAAAACGCUCAAAAGGCAUCAAGGCAUUUCUACAGAAAGUGUCAAAAAGAAAUGGUGGUUACAUUUUCAAACCCCAGCUUGUUAUGCCAGUGAGAAACUCAAAGACAGUGGUAGGGCUAAUUCUGUCAGGAAGACUGUUAAGGAAAACAUUAACAGUGCUUGCUCAUCUACAGACGCAUUGAGCUUACUUGCUGACUUGGCACUCAGGGCCGGUAACGAUCAGGUUCUACCACAACCAGACCCAGCACUUGAAAGAGAGACUGAGACAAGUUUGAAGAAGUGUGACCUUUCAAAAGAUCUUACCUGUGCUGAGCAAGAGUCAGUUCUUCCUUCUCUGCUUACACAGCCUGCUGCUAAACCCAUGCAGCCUCUUCAGUCUACUUCACCAAACCAUCUUGUGGAAAGCAGUGAAUGGGUUGGUUUGGUGUCUAAAGAACAUGCUUACUCAUCUCCCCCGUCUUCCUCUCUACUGUUGGGUUUACCAGGUACACCUUUCCAGGUAUCCCCUUUAAGUGGUUCUUCCAGACUGCUGCGCCAUCACCAGACAAUGUAUGGCAAUGGAAUUAAAAUUCUACACCCCUCUGUCGUCCACGAACGCAGUAGUGAAGAAAACCAAACAAUUCCAGGCUUUUUGAAAAAAAACAUUGUGCGGAGAAGAAAGUUUAGACACUCCCGCACCUUUGAAAACAAGGAUGGAUCUAUUCAGGUCACGAAACAAUGGGAGGAAACCUAUGACUUUAAUCUAGACAGCAAGUUUACAAAUGACUCAAAGGAUAGGACAAUUGUCCGAGCAUUACAUGGCCCAUGGGAUUUCUCCUUGCAAGACACCAGUGAAGAAGUGCUGCUCAUUGUCCACAUGUGGAUAGGUCUGUUCUACAGCCGGUCAACCGCAAGGUUCUUCCAUGUGGGCUCUUGCCAACAUUCAGAAGAGAGGGAUCCUCUGGAGAUGUCCAGGCAGACGGGAUCAGUCAGCUUAUUGGCUCCUUUCUCGAGUAUUCCAGACACUGACUCAAUGUUGGACCCAGGAUCAGCGAUUUUGGACUUGUCACCGAGAAACUCCAAUGCAGAGAAAGUUAGUCCAGAUCCGCAAGCCAACAGAAAAGAGACUGUGCCCAUUGAUCCAAAAGAAGCAAAUGAGACGUUAAAUGCACUCGAGUUACCUGUGGGACCACAGGAAUCCAUCACAAAACAGCAAUCCAAAAAGAUGGUACUCUCCACCGAGAUUAAUGAGGUGAAUGAUGUCAGAAGUUCAAAAGAAAAUACGAGGACUUGUACAGAGUUGCAAAACGCUUUGAGUCUGGAAAACGCCAAUGUACAACCUUGGAAAGGUGAUGGAACAAUAGUUUCUGUAGGAGAAGAAAUGGAAACUGUAUACGUUGAGCCAGAAAAUAACCAAAAGGCUUCAGGAGUUAGCGAUGUGCUAAAUGGAUGCAACAUUGAGCAGACUGAUACGAAAGAUGGAAUAGAAAAUUCAGAAGCGACAGAGACAAGUUUGGUCCAAACGCAUGGAAGGGAUUCAUCCAUAUCUCUGACCGAUGAGGAGGUAGACUCCAACAUAGAGUUAUGUGAUGUGCUUCAGACAGUUGAGGAUGAUGACACUCAACCCAAAGAUGGGGAAAACUGGGAAUCAAAAGAAAAUCUAUACAAAGAAGACCAUGUAGAAACUCCUAGAGUGAUUUGUACAAAUGACCAUCCAACAGACAAGGAAUUCGGUAUUGUGUGUGUUGGAAAUGUUUUGGACAAGAAGCAUUUACCCACAGAGGAGCCAAAAGCAUCUUCACCAGGAAAGCCUGUAAAUGAAGGUUUUGAUUGUUGUACAGUGCAGGAAAGUAAAGAGAUGGAAGAUGAAGAUCAAAUUGGAAAGGAAGGUGGACUUGAUGAGAGAGACCGUUGCGUUCCACCCGUGGAGACCGACAAUGAUUUGAGUAAUCAACCAGUACCUAUGAUAUGUGAUGGCGUAGACUCUCUACAGACAGACCGCAUCACAGAGAGUAAUCCCAAACCACCAUUAGUUGAGCAACCGCCUCAAGCUGUCAACAAAGAAGAUGCCUGUCAUGAUUUGCAGGUGAACAAGCUGUGUGCAAAUGACUGUGGGUUGCCGGUUGAACGUGACCUUUCAGAAAAGUAUCCUCUUACUUCAUCGGAAAUUGAUCAUUCUUCACUACUUGCAUUUGAGAAAAGUUACGAAAAUGAACAAAUUACUCCAUUCCCUAUGUUUGAUGAUAACAAGGGCACAGAUGUGUCUAUUCCCCAGACACAUGACGGUGUUGAAACGGGAAGCCACAACAACACAAUGGGAAACUUCAAUUGGAGAAGGCAUGAUCAUGACGAUCAGGAUAGGAAAUCAAUUGAGGGAAGGAAGGAAGUUGAUGACAAAACUGAAAAAGAAACAUUUCCCCAUUGGACUCAUGUCCCUCUGUGUGAGACAAAAGUGAAACUGACUGACAAAAAAGACGUCAAACAGAUCGGCAACAUGAAUGAGGCAUUGGCAAAGAUCCAUAGUGAGAUUGUGAUUCCUUUUAUUGGAAUAGACACCUCUGGAGAGCACACCAGUGUAGCAUCUUGGAAAGGUGAUGGAACAAUAGUUUCUGUAGGAGAAGAAAUGGAAACGGUAUACGUUGAGCCAGAAAAUAACCAAACGGCUUCAGGAGUUAGCGAUGUGCUAAAUGGAUGCAACAUUGAGCAGACUGAUACGAAAGAUGGAAUAGAAAAUUCAGAAGAGACAGAGACAAGUUUGGUCCAAACGCAUGGAAGGGAUUCAUCCAUAUCUCUGACCGAUGAGGAGGUAGACUCCAACAUAGAGUUAUGUGAUGUGCUUCAGACAGUUGAGGACGAUGACACUCAACCCAAAGAUGGGGAAAUCUGGGAAUCAAAAGAAAAUCUAUACAAAGAAGACCAUGUAGAACCUUCUUCUAGAGUGAUUUGUACAAAUGACCAUCCAACAGACAUGGAAUUCGGUAUUGUGUGUGUUGGAAAUGUUUUGGACAAGAAGCAUUUACCCACAGAGGAGCCAAAAGCAUCUUCACCAGGAAAGCCUGUAAAUGAAGAGAUGGAAGAUGAAGAUCAAAUUGGAAAGGAAGAUGGACUUGAUGACAAAACUGAAAAAGAACCAUUUCCCCAUUGGACUAAUGUCCCUCUGUGUGAGACUAAAGUGCAACUGACUGACGAAAAAGAUUUCAAACAGAUCGGCAACACAGAUGAGGCAUUGGCAAAGAGCCAUAGUAAGAUUGUGAUUCCUUUUAUUGGAAUAGACACCUCUGGAGAGGAUUCAGUGCAAUUCCAUGAUCCACACUCUCAAGGCAAGGUUGAAGUUGUUCAAGCCAAGGAAGAAAUACCAUUCAUCAGUGAAACUGUCCUAAACUCAGGAGUAUGCGGUACACCCCAAAAGGACAUUCGGAAGGCACAAUUGUCUGUUGGAAAAUUAUCACUGUCACUUAAUGAUGUAAGUAAUACAAACCAUCUGGGAAGUGGGUCAAUCAGCCGGUGCUCCACCCCUACUAUGGAUGAGAAACCAUUUGAGUACUUAACUAGAUCUGGCCCUAGUAAUACUAGUGCUGCCUUUAGUGGUAGUAAAACCAAAAGCAUGACUCAAAAACCUUUUAGCGGAGGCGCAACAGCCGCAAAGAAUGAGAUGCCUCCCAGGUGUACAGUCAACUGUUUUGCCAGCCCUCACCAUAAUAUUCCUCCUGAUAUUGAACUAAGAACUAUAAAAGUUCUACAAAGUCUAGACAAGCUCCUCCAAAAAUCAAGUGAAACAUCCAGCCGGAUUGAAAAAGCUGAUAAACGCACUCUACAUGAAGCCGCUAACCCCAGGAGCAAGAAUAUCACCACUUGUUUUGCCCCGAGCCAUACCUCAUAUGACUUUAAGGAUGAGAAAAUUGGCAAUACAGUACCAGCUGUGGUGUCAGCCUCUAGCUCACGAGAACUGAACACAGAGUCAACAGGUCACUUUCCUAUUUCCCCUCUCUUUAAAUUAGAGGAAUUACUUGGUGCAAAGUUGCAGCUACAGCAAAUUGCCGCAUCCGUUCCUCAUUCCUGUUCUGAAAGUGAUAAGAUGCAUGAAACCACACAAGAGCAAGUUUCUUGUCAACCCUACAGAUCUGUUCCCUCUCCUGAGAGUUUGCCAGCUAGUAUUGUUAACCAGGAAACACAUAAAACAACAUCACAGACCAAUUCAAGUAAUGAACCACGUUUAUGCAGUCAGCGUCCUGUCAUGGCAGUGAAACCAUCGAAGAGUGAUGAAAGUCAAGGGGACAACAUCUCUAAAGGCCGACAAAUUGAAAAGGCUGUAGUGUCAUAUUUCUCCAAAGAUCUACAAAAUACAAACCCCAAAGUCACAUACACCGUACCCACUACUUCGCUCUUGGUGAAAAGCGCAGAAAGAGUCAAGCAAACCUCCGAAGGAGUAAAUGAUGUCAAGCCAGACGCCUGUGAGCUUUCUUCAAAGAGCAGUUGGUUAACAAAUUUUAGUGUUUCCUCACCUCUCCCUGUGUGGUGUUUCACAUCAGCAAAAGGUUCCUCUAAUCUUGAUGAUGCGUCAGUCAAGGAAGUUGGGCAAUUAACUGAAACCAGCAUUCAGAUUAAACGGAAAGACCAUUCUUUUGCAUCAACUUCACAUGCAGAUAAGAAUCCUUUACUGGGACCUCAAAGCUCACUCAUUUGUACUGUCAAUAACCCUACACGGAAUCAAUCUUCUAAUUUACUGGAGCAGGUUUCUCAGAGGUGUGUACAAAAUGACCCCACUGAGGCAUCAAUGGAGCAGGAGUGCCUUAUCUUCUCCGAAACAAUGAAACAGCUUAUGAAAAGGAGUAAGAGGGGACCCGUCAGCCAACGGGACAUGCAUGACAAACGGAAUUUCACUUGCGCCAGUCCUUUGACGGUGCACUUUAACUGUUUAGAUGUGCAGGGUGAUUCCGAGGAUAACCUCAACACACUUUUGAACACAACCCCCCUUGUUGGACAGAAAAUCAAGGUUGAGAUGCCUGAAAGGAAAAACCUGGCACAUUUCAAAGAGGAACAAAAUACUUUGCAGGUAUAUAACAUUUCUCAAGGAGCAGGGAACCUAAUGGAACAUCCUGGAAUUGCUGGUGUGACUUCAGAGUGUUCCAGGCUGUACAAGGCAAUGAUGAAUGAUGUGUGUGCUGUCCGAAAGGUCCCCUCUAGACCUAAGCACUUCACAAUGGAUAGAGGUUACCCAACGACUGAACCAGGCAACCAUUUUGACUUCUGCGAUCAAAUGAAGAAAGAGCUGGAUGAAAGUUUUCGCAGUAAUCUGAAUUCAGUUGUGAAGAAAUCCUGUAAAACAAAGUACAGAUUCUACAUAUUAGUAACGUCAGAUGUUGCCUUCUUUCAAGAAACCAAGGCACAGUUGGAGGCAGAAGGCCACACUGCUGUACAACCAUCCCAGUUCUUCCUUUGUGAAGAUGGUUCUUCAUCACUACUCAUCAUCAUCAGAAAUGAAGACAUUGCAGAGCACAUUUUAGAGGUUCCACAUUUGCUCAGGCUGAAGACGUCACCAGGUGUUCAGUUUGCUGGAAUUGACGAACCAGACGAUGUUGUGAAUCUCACCCAUCAGGAGCUUUUCAAGCGGGGGGGCUUUGUAAUGUUCGACAGCGCAGCACUGGAGCUCCUAAGCCUUUGCAACAUGAAGAAAAUGUCAGAACUCUUGCAAGAGCUGAGCAGAACGGGGAAGUGGAAAUGGAUGAUGCACUACAGAGACAGCCGUCGGCUGAAAGAAAAUGCGAGGAUAAGUAAAGAAGCAAAAGAGAAGAAGCUCUUCCUCAAUGUUUGCCAGGAGGGUGGAAUACUGGAGGUCUUGCCUUAUCACGAGUGUGACCUCAUGUCAAGAGAUCUGCCCGACUACCGCACAUGUUUGGUCCGUUUGCAGGUCCAGAAUAUAUCGGCCCGUUACCCUGUGUUUAUAACCGAUAAAGCAACAGAAAGCGCUUUUGGCGAGAAUGGAAUUUUGACAAUGACCUUCCAAUCUUUCCUGGCGUAUUCUCAGAGCAAAACAUUUGCAGGCUGACCUGGAAAAAGUCAGAAUACUCAAGCUGUGCAAGAAAAACUCACCUCAUGUGAGGGAAACAUCUGUAGCCUACCAGCUUAUUGGGAUUUCAAACGUACUACAUUGUAUGGAACAAUAAUUAUAAUUUAACAUGUUCUUUUGUUUCAUUUGUCCAAGUUAUCAUUCAGUUAAUGGAUAGAGUGACAAAAAUGCCAAUAGAUGGGCAACUGUACUGUAUAUACUAUAGAUACAUUUUGUUAUACAUUGUUAUUGUAAUUCUUUUUUUUACAGUUUUGACAUCUGCAGCACAAUUGUUGUGGGUGUUUAUUGUAGGUUGACAACAAAGGUUAAUUACUCUUUUUUUCAAAUGUAUAUUUUAUAUAUUUAUAAUACUGUCAAAUUUGCGGACAGUGAGCCUUAACUACAGAGCGUGUUAAUGUUAAAUUGUUAUGCUCCUUAUUAUUAAUAAUAAAUCAAUAUUUUGUAUAUUAUGAUGCUCUACAGAGUAAUUUGACUAAGAAUAAAGAUGUUUCUUCAACUA